UUGGUCUUGCUGUGACGGAACUCCUCUUUCAACGGGGGAUUUCACAGGGACGGGAAGCUGGAAACAAAUGUGUCUGUUCCUUCCAUAAGGUGCUUCUUGCCAGUAAGUGGCCUCUGUUUUCUAAUGCUGAUGAUGCAAAUGGUCAGUGUGUUGAGUUUGGGAUUCCUGCUGCCUUCCAGCUCCGGGGCUCUGCUCAGUGUGACCUGAGGAGGUUUUCCCUGCUCCUGACCCCAUCGUGUGUGCAGCUGCUGCAGGCGGAGCACCACUGGGAUCACUGGGCAGGGACGUGAGCCUGCCUGUAGCCCUCAGAUGGCCACAAAGUGCUGUUAAUGACCAGAGCUACAGGGGAGGGUCAUUUUCACCAUUGCUGAGAAGUAUUUCCUGUUGCUUACAGUGGGUGUGGGGGUUUAGGAGUGGACCCUGUGGCUUCCAUUGUGCAUAAAGGGGUGGGACUGCGCCUCGGCUGGUGGGUGUGUGUGCAAGGGGAGCGAGGCUGGCCUGGCAGACCUGGCUGCCGUGGUGCCAGGACCAGCUGGGUGAGCCAGGUCUGUAAUUCCCACUGCAGACACAAGGUUUGUCUUUCGCUGGGAUUCAGCAUCUUGACUGUCAGGCCAGCAUAUGAGUCUGUAACAUUGCUUGAGGCCAGCUUUUUGCAUCCUGUUUUAUGAUAUUCCCUGACAUUCCCCACAUUCCUGGCAAGGAGAUGUCUGCAUUUAAAAAAAAAAUAUAUUCCUUUGUCUCUUUGCAAAACUGUGACAUCCUUUAAAACUAUUCCUCAGCAGUUCUUUGGCUGCUCUCUCUGUUAGCUUCUCAAGGAAAUGGAAGCCUUGAGCUCAGGCUGCUCACCAUCACGUGGUGGGGAGGAGGAUGGGGGGAAUGGGCCCCUGUGGGGCUCAGCACAGCUUCAUGAAUCUCAGAUCUGUGCUGCUUGGUCCCACCUUUGCUCUGGGGUUUAAUUCUGACCUCUGUGUGAUUGUGGUGACUCUGUGCUUGUGUUGCCCAUCUCAGCAGUGUGGUCUAGGGGUUCUGGUUUGGGAGAAUUUUGCAGAGAGCAAAGUCACCACUGUGGCCCACGUGUUGGAGCCCUGCCCUGUGUUGGCCUCUGCCCUGCUACUGGAUAUCAGGAGGAAAGCCAGAGGGCACAGGGGGCUGUGCAGUCUAUAUGCAGUGGGGACGAGAGCUGCUGUGCUCCCCUUCAGGUACUGGGAACAAGGUGGGGAGUAAAUGGGCUGAUGUGUAAAGGUGGAGGGUUUGUCCUGAACCAAUACUGCUUGUUAACAGCAAAGCUGUGGUGUGCAUGCUGAGAUAUUAGUGACAAUAGGGCUGUACCUCAGAUGGACCAGAAGACCAGGCUGAGGAGGAGCAUGAGCCCACGGAUGCACCCCCAGGGCUGCCUGCCUCCCCCUCCCUGGGGGGCCUGUACUCCUGCUCUCCUCUCCCACCUCCAGAUGCUGCUUGGCUGCAGACCCAGGGGGCAGCUCCUGCCCUGCUGAUGUGCCUGGGAAUAGCAGUCUGGCUUCCUCCUGUGGCGCCGUGGGAGCAGCAGUGACAGGAAGGUCCGGCAGGGAAGGGCACAGAGGAGGGUUUUCCUGAGGAGAAUUGGAGCAAAGUCCCUGUGCUGAGUGCAGAACUCCCCGAGCUCAUUGCCCACCUUGCCUUCAGUGUGCUCCUGCUGGGUGAGCCCAAAUGGCCCCCAGCACUGUGUAUAGGGCCAUUGCUUACUGCUGGUUAGCUGUGCUCUGCUGGCUUGCUUUUAGCAGCACCGUUUGCUUUUAGACAAGACUUCUCAGUUCAGGGAUUUCACUGACCUCCUGCAUCAACAAAGUUUUGCAGGAGCCUUGAGAAUGCUGGUGCAGCAUUUCAUGCGCAGGUCCUGGGCAGCCUCGGUCCCUUCCUUUGGAGCACAGAGGGGCAGGAGCACUGCUGCCUCUGGGGCCCGGUGUUUCCUCGCAUCGUUUGGACAUGAGAUCACAUUUGGAAGUGGUUUCGGACUCCUCCCGUGUUGGUGGAAAUUUUGCACAUGGUCACUGGUAACUUGGAUGGCCACGGAGAUGCCUUGGUGUCCAUGGAGCCACUUGCACAUGGCAGCCUUUUGUCCCUGCUGUGACGUGUGGGUGCCUGUGCCAGGCUGUGACAUGCAUGAGUGCCUGCAUCCUGCUCUCAGAGGUGUGUUCCAUGUGGUUCUCAGCUGUCUCCUCCUGAGCUUCAGUCCUGCUCAAAUGGGGGGGUCUUGCAGCUCAUUCCCUGUUUGUGCCAAAAGCACUGAAUGAGGAGUGCACAGUGACAGAGAAUGUGCUUUUCAUUACAGAGGCUAAUCCCAUGUCAACCAAAUCUGCUUACCCUGAGCGUGCUGUGCCCUGGGCUGCAGCCCGUGGGGCUCUGUGAGCACUGCCUGCAGGAGUGGAGGAAGGCACUGGGCAAAGCCAAGCGCCGUGAGCACAACCAGGGAUCUGGAGCAUAUUCAGCCAUUAGGUCUGCGUAUCUUGAACGGCUGGCACUCCUCUUCUUGUCCCUGAACCACCCUUUUCCCAAAGCUUUUGCUCCUCUUUGGUGUCUCGAUGGCAGCAGCCCUUGCUUUCAGUUCUGAGCUCUCCCAUGGGAUGUGGUUCCCAAAGGAGAAGCUGAACCCUCCUGCACUCAUGCUAGGCUGUCUGUAGAUGUGUGGCUGAGGAGAACUGCUGCAGCUCUGGCGGUGAUUUGGCUGAGCAAUGCCCAACGGGAACUUGGUGGCACUGCCACCACCACUCCUCUCUUGCUGGCUGACUGCAGGGAGCAGCACAGCCUGUGUGACCUGAAGCUCUUUCUGUGUCCAGUGCAAUGGCACGCCGCUGUCUGCCUGUGCCAGGAGUGGUGAUGGCAGCACUGCUGCCAGCAUCUCACAGCCACACUGCAGGGACAGAACCGCCCCUGAGCCGCUGCCGGUGAGUCACAGCGUGGGAGGGCUGUGCAGAGCAGUUGGAGAGCUCGAAACAGUUAAGCAGCGUCCGUCUGUGUGUGUGCACCAUUGCUUUUGCUUUUGCCUUAGCUCUCCCACUGCUGCUCCUUGGAGCUGAGCCCUUUACCCAGCUGUAGGUGCCCUGUUUGUUCCCAAAGGGAACUCGGAUGGCUCUCUGGGCUGGCCGUGCCAGGGGCCGGUUUCAGCAGCGUGGUGCAUAGGCCUGCAUGGAACAAGUUGGACCUCCAGCUGCCUGCCUGUGUGCCCCCUCAGUGCCUUCUAACGGUGCCUGGGGUGGCCUCUGGCCAUGCUGCUCCUCCUCACUGUGCCUCGGCCUCCGUUCCUGAUGGACAAAGCCAGGAUUGACAGCUGCUGCUGUGAAAUUGAAGCCAAGAAGGCUUGCGACUGGCUGCGAGCAGCGGGAUUCCCGCAGUAUGCCCAGCUUUAUGAAGACUCGUUGUUCCCUCUUGACAUCGGUGCUGUGAAAAAAGACCACAGUUUCCUGGACAAGGAUUCUCUCAAAUCUCUCUGCAGGAGGCUGAUGACCCUGAACACAUGUGCCUCCAUGAAGCUGGAAGUCCACUUUCAGCGUAAACAGAAUGAAGACUCUGAGGACGAGGACCUGUGCGCCAUCAGUGACCGGUGGGCUUUCCAGCGGGACAGCAAGAGGUGGUCCCGGGUGGGCUCUGCUGAUGUUCUCUCCCAGGCCUCUGAGGUCCCCACCUCCAGCGUGCGGCAGGCGUCCAGCCAUGAGAGCGUCCUCACUGACCUCAGCACCAACCCAGAGGCUGUGUCCCUUCACAGCAGCGCCAGCAUGGGCAGCACACUCGGUGUCGCAGCCACACCACCUGACCUGUCCCCCGGCCACGGUGCUGCUGUCUCCCAGCCCACCUGCAGCCCCAGCAGCUGCAACGUGGCCAAGCAGCCCUUGAACUACGGCGAAGGUUCCAAGGAGAAACCAAAGAAGAGGAGAUCUCGCAGCUUCCUGAAGAGGAUUGAGUCGCUCCGAAGGAAGGACAAAGAGAAAGCUGGCCCAGAUGAGAAGGACGUUCCAUGCAGCGAUGUUGCGGCCAAUCCUGGCUGGGACUGCACAAAGAAUAAUGGGGACCUCUCAGCCACCAAGGCCAACUCUCCUAAAAGAGGAGUAUCUGCCUCUUUCCAUGGCAAAAAACACUUCUUCUCAGUGUCAUACAGGACUAACCGCUUGGUGGGCUCAGGCAGAGGCAAGGUGGGCUCUGACCCAAAACGGAGCGGGCUCCACCUGGAGGCCUGUCAGACAGCCACAGAGCCCAGUGGUGACUGGGCUGCAGGACAAUGCCAGCACCGGCAGGCGUGCCGUGGGGACUGCCUGGUCUAUGUUCCCAGGGACCACAAGCCGGGCACCUUCCCCAAAUCCCUCUCCAUUGAGAGCUUGUGCCCCCUGGGCAGCGGCUCCUUGAGCAGCUGGAAGCCGGGAGCCAAACCUGGGGGUCUGCUGGGGGGCUGUGGCAGCAGCAGCGGUGUGGAGGGCUCAUCCUCCCCGCAGGGCUUUGCCUGCCGCCGCCGCGGUUCCUGCAGCUCCCUGGGCAGCCGGGUGAGCGUGUACGACAACGUGCCCGAGUUUGGCAGCGCUGAGGAUCUCUGCAAGGGAGAUGAGGAGGUGACCUACGAGAACCUGGACGAUAUCCUGCAGCACAUGUGGGGGCUGCAGCAGAAAGUGGAGCUCUGGUAUAAAGCCAUCUCCCCCGAACUGGUGGGGGAAGAAGGGGGCGAGGAGGAGGAGGAGGAGGAAGAGGAGACAGACUCGGGAGGGGAGCCCGCCUUCCCCUCCAACCUGCACCUUGAGGAGCGCUCCAUGUCAGACGUCGGCACCUCUGCCAGUGACUUUGACAGCACGGGCAACUCCCUGAACGAGGCCGAAGAGCUGGAGAUGCGGGAGCGCCGCGACUCGGGCGUGGGAGCGUCGCUCACCCGGCCGUGCAGAAAGCUGCGCUGGCACAGCUUCCAGAACUCCCACCGGCCCAGCCUGAACUCUGCCUCGCUGGAGAUCAAUCGCCAGUCCUCUGCUCAGCUCAACCUGCUCCAGAAGUGCUCCUUGCUGCGGCUCACAGCUAUCAUGGAGAAGUACUCCGUGCCCCACAAGCAAACCUGGACAUGGACUGUGCCCAAGUUCAUGAAGCGGAGCAAAGUCCCUGACUACAGGGACAAGUCAGUCUUUGGGGUGCCACCCAUCAUCAAUGUGCAGAGGACGGGGCAGCCGCUGCCGCAAAGCAUCCAGCAGGCGAUGCGUUACAUCCGCAGCCAGUGCUUGGACCAGGUUGGCAUUUUCCGUAAAUCAGGGGUGAAGUCUAGGAUCCAGGUGCUCCGUCACAUGAAUGAAACCAGCCCUGACAACGUUAACUACAAGGGGCAGUCAGCGUACGACGUGGCAGACCUGCUGAAGCAAUAUUUCCGUGACCUGCCGGAGCCCAUCUUCACCAGCAAGCUCACCGACACCUUCCUGCAGAUCUAUCAGUUUGUGCCAAAGGAGCAGCAGCUGCAGGCAGUGCAGGCUGCCAUCAUCCUGAUGCCGGAUGAGAACCGUGAGGUGCUGCAGACCCUGCUCUACUUCCUGAGUGACAUUGCCUCUGCCGAGGAGAACCAGAUGACUGCUGGAAACCUGGCCGUGUGCCUGGCCCCCUCGCUCUUCCAUCUCAACGUGUCCAAGAGGGAGAGCACCUCACCGAGGGUGAUGCACAGGAGAGGCACUAUGGGGAAGCCUGACCAGAAGGACCUGAAUGAGAACAUGGCUGCAACACAGGGGCUCUCCCACAUGAUCACUGACUGCAAGAAGCUCUUCCAGGUCUCCCAUGACAUCUUGCUCCAGCUGAGCAGCUCUUACAUGUCAGCAGAUGCUUACCCCCACCCCCUGUCCGAAUUUAUGACCCCGAGCCAAGGGGAAGGCAAGGAUUUACACUCCUACUUUGAGCAGAGUGUCCGGAACCUGCUCAAAGAGUCAUCAGAGAAAUUCAAGGGAUGGCUGAGCACCCCAGGACCCCUCAACACGGAGCUCUCCUGCAAAAAGCAGGUUGGGGACGGGCACCCCCUGCGCUUGUGGAAGGUCUCCACAGAGGUUGAGGCCCCUCCCUCCACGGUGCUGCAGCGAGUGCUGCGGGAACGUCACCUCUGGGACGAGGACCUGCUUCAGAGCAAGGUGGUGGAGGCUCUGGACAAGGACAUGGAGGUGUAUCACUAUGUGACGGACAGCAUGGCGCCUCACCCACGCAGGGACUGCGUGGUGCUCAGGUGCUGGCGCACAGACCUGCCACGAGGAGCCUGCCUGCUCAUCUCCAUCUCGGUGGAGCACGACAAGCUGCAGGUGGAGGGAGGUGUUAAAGCCGUGGUGCUGACCUCGCAGUAUCUCAUCGAGCCCAGCGCCAUGGGACGCUCCAAAGUGACGCACAUCUGCAGGGCUGACCUCAGGGGCCGAUCGCCGGAGUGGUACAACAAAGUCUUUGGGCACCUCUGUGCCAUGGAGCUGGUGAGGAUCCGAGAUUCUUUCCCAGCACUGAGUCCAAAUGGCCCUGAGACCAAGAUCUGAGGAGCUGGGAAGAUGCUGCAUCCUGUCAGACCACGGACUUGCAGCCAAUGGGGCUGGGACACUCGGAGGGGAGUGAGAAGCUGACAUGCCACUAAGAUGGGCACAUAUUUAUAUGCUUCCUUUUAACCUGGGCCUGGCCCCCCAACAGAGAGCCACAGGCUGCCCUAUGUGUGCGUGGCCCUUCUCUGCUCCCCCUGCAGGGCCGUUUGCCACCAUCCCUUGGAGGGACAGGGGCAGCUGGACCCCCCCACACCUGCCACUGCUCAUUUGUCCUGUCCCAUGCAUGCUACAGGGCUGGCUGCCAGCAGCGAUGGAGCUGUGCCCCAAGGGGCUGUGUAGGAGAGAUGGACAAGAGCAUCUUGCUUGCCCCUGGAGAAGAGAGGGGGCUUUGGGGUGAUGCCCAAUGGCCCAGAAUGAGCUGGACCAGGAGCUGUUCCGGGUGAGGGUGUGUGGAGCAAAGCAGGAGGCAGCAGAGGUGUGGGAGCUGAGGGGGCAGGUGGAGCCAAGGCCAGAGAUCACAGUGCUGUGUGAGGAGGUGAGGACUGGGUGGUGGGAGGACAAGCGUGCAUGUGCAGUGUCACCCAGUGUGGGGACAGGCAGGGAGCUGGGCUGGGAACCUGUUUGCUGAAGGAUGCUCUUAUUGGAGGAGAGGACUACAUAGAUAUCUAUAGAUCCAUUUACUGACAACCAUUGUCAAGUGGCAGAAGGAAUCUACUGCUAUUACCUUUGGUGCUAAAUUUCAUAGGAGAUGAAGGAUAAAGCUGUCUGAUCCACUGCCUUGGACUUCUUCAACUGAAAGACGCCCCUGUGCACUGCAUUGCAGUGGGGGCUGGGUGGACAUGCUUCCAAGCCAGGUGCCAUCCUUCCACACCAGUGUCAGGCAGUUGGAUGGGGGGUGGACAAGGCUAGAAACCCAGAGCAGCUGCAGGGAAGCUAAUGAAGGGGCAGCAAUACAAGGGGGCUGAGGCAGUGGAGCAAGAAGGGUGGAAGCAGGAUGUGCCCAGCACUGCAGCUCCCAGCUCCCAGCUGGAGGGUCUCAGUGCACCCCUACCAGAGAGGGGUGAGGGGAGCUGAUCAUGCAGCAACUGCUUCCACUAAAGCAAGCAAAU